UGUUUCCCGUUACUCCUCCGAAGUACAUAGUCACGCAUAAGCGACAACGAACGACCAUCUUUCAAGCUUGCACCAAUCUGUAGCUCGACCUCGAUCAGGUACAAGUCGGUUAUAUUACAUAGCUGCCAUGCACCCGUUUGGCGGUACACCGAUAUGUCCUAGAUGCAACAAGGCUGUUUAUGCUGCAGAACAGGUGAUGGGACCUGGUAGGAAGCCUUGCCUGGCCUGCACGACAUGUAAUAAGAGUUACAGCAAAACAUGUCACGUUCGAAAUUUCGGCACUCGCGACCUGAGACAUGCCAAUCUCCCUCAUCGCGAUGACAUGGCCACACCUCCACCACUUCCUGCAUCACCUGUGCGCAACUCCUUCCCUGCACCCACUUUCAUACGUGGUGAAUCAGUCGAUCUAAGCCAGCGACAUGGUGCGCGAUCACCGGUGCGCGCGCAAAACUCAAGCACAGGACGCUAUAUGAAUGGUGCCAUGUCGCCAUCGCCCAUCCUCAAAGCGAACUCGGUCCUCCCCGCACGGUUCAAUCGCUCACCCAACAAUCCUAUUGUCGAGCUUAGCUCUGAAAACACGAAUCAAACCGUCAACACAAUCUUGCACCACGAGGGGGUGAGAGAAGAGACGCCGGCAGAAUCUACGCCAUCUCCAGCCCUUACGUUUACGGGGACAGCUACUAGCACAGUACGCAUUGGCGACAUGCCGCGUACUGUCCCACUGAGCCCAACAAAAUCAGCAAGCAAUGGAACUAAUACUACGUCUACCCUGAAAUUAUCUUCUGUAACACUUGCACGCUCAAGUUCAUCUCCGAUGACGCCGUUGCAACCAACUUCUACCGGCACAAGGUAUGGCGUGGCAUUUGGUAGCGGUGGCACUCCUGUAAAGGCAUUUUCUGCGGGCGCGACUCCAACAUGUCCGCGGUGUGGGAAGAAUGUUUAUUUCGCUGAACAGAUGAAGGCCAUAGGAAAGACUUGGCACAAGGGAUCUAGAUUGACCGAGAAAGACGGGGAUCCCCUUUGCCACCGAUGCUACUCAAAGCUGCACGGACCAGCAGGAAAUGGCUAUGCUUUGCUCGGCAAGGCCGGUGGUUAGGCAUGUAUGUCGGUGACUCGGCACACCCGACUGCACAAUUAGUACCAAUUUUCACUGUCAUAUAAAUGGACGUUAUGUGUUUCUGUUCACUGUUUUCUUGAUUUUCACGAACUGUUGUUUUCCGAUGAGUUAUUACUGUACUGCCACCCAUUUUCAAUUGAUGGUGUAUCAAUACCUUCCACUGUCUCCGCUAGUAUUCGCUUUCACAUCCACUCGUCCAUAGAUUGUUCAAUGCUCACCAUUUUUGUCGAGUUGCCAAGCUUGUGGUACUGUCAUGUUCAUAGAUGAGUAUGCAAUAAACGGUCUCAUGUA